AUGGCUGCGUCCCCGGCGGGGUCGGUGGUGAGCGCCGGGCUGGAUGAGAGUGCCACGGGUAAGAGGUGGUUCCACUGGACCGGAUAUGAACGUUCCACUUCCACAGGGCUGGCCCUGGCUCCCGGGAAGGAGCUGAGCCCGGUGCUGCUGUGCAAGGUGUGCGGGGACACCAGCAGUGGGAAGCACUACGGCAUCUAUGCCUGCAACGGCUGCAGCGGCUUCUUCAAGCGCAGCGUCCGCAGGAAGCUCAUCUACAGGUGCCAGGCGGGGACGGGGCUGUGCCCGGUGGACAAGGCUCACCGCAACCAGUGCCAGGCCUGCCGGCUCAAGAAGUGCCUGCAGGCUGGCAUGAACAAGGACGCUGUGCAGAACGAGCGCCAGCCCCGCAGCACGGCCCAGGUCCAGCUGGACAGCAUCCAGCUGGAUGCUGAGCUGCCCCCUGAGCAUGUGGCCACCACAUGUGAGGUCCCCCCAUCACCCUGUCCGGCUCCUCGUGGUCCCAGUGCUACUGUCACCCCGGGUCCCCGAGCACCCACACCACCCACCAACCAUCGCUUCAUGGCCAGCCUGAUGACAGCCGAGACCUGUGCCAAGCUGGAGCCCGAGGAUGCUGAUGAGACGGUGGAUGUGACGGGCAGCGAGCCAGAGAGGGCAAUCGGCGAGUACCAGGUGGCGCCGUACCCAGCAGCCAGCCCCGAAAACAUCUACGAGACCUCAGCUCGUCUCCUCUUCAUGGCUGUGAAAUGGGCCAAGAACCUGCCCGUCUUCUCCAACCUGCCCUUCCGCGACCAGGUGAUCCUACUGGAGGAAGCGUGGAGUGAGCUGUUCCUGCUCUGUGCCAUCCAGUGGUCCAUGCCUCUGGAGAGCUGCCCACUCCUGGCUGUCCCUGAGCCAACCCCUGGGAAGCUGCUGCCGGCCACCCUGGACGUGCGGGUGCUGCAGGAGACCCUCGGCCGCUUCAAAGCAUUGGCCGUUGACCCCACGGAAUUUGCCUGCAUGAAGGCUGUGGUGCUCUUCAAACCAGAGACACGUGGCCUGAAGGACCCUGAGCAGGUGGAGAACCUGCAGGACCAAUCACAGGUGAUGCUGGGCCAGCACAACCGUUCCCACUACCCUGGGCAACCAGUCAGGUUUGGGAAGCUGCUGCUGCUGCUCCCAGCGCUGCGCUUCAUCUCCUCGGAGCGUGUGGAGCUGCUCUUCUUCCGCCGCACCAUCGGCAACACCCCCAUGGAGAAGCUGCUGUGUGACAUGUUCAAGAACUGAGCCCCCUUCCCGCUGUCACCUGGCUUGGCACCCUGCGCUGGCACCCUGCCACCCCCACCCUGGGCCUCCUCAGCCUGGGGUGGGGAGGUGCCCAUGGUCCCAUCUCUGGGGCAAUGUCCAGGACUGUGGAAAGCUGCCGGCAGCUGGGAGGUGAGGCCACCUUCCCCGGCGGUGGAAGGGGGAUGUCCCCAAGUGAGUGCCCAGUGCCCUGGCAGCACCUCACUGCUGGUGUCCCAAACGCUGGAGGAAGCCCGGCAAAGGCACCUUGGCACCACGAGGAGCUGCUGCCAUCCAGGGGCCACUGGUCUGGGGAGACACUUGCCGAAGGAUGAUGCCAGCUUGGGGCAUGACAUCAGCCAGGGAUGACAAGGGCCAAGGGUGGCGCCAGCCUGGGAGUGACACUGGCCCAGGGGUGACACUUGCCAAAGGUGGUGCCACCAGCCGGGGACAGACCCUUGCCCCCGUGUUCCGGGGUCUUCCACUUGUGUCCCCCAUUUUAUACUUGGAAUAAAGAGAG